AUGGGACCUCCCAUUGUUCCUGGCAAUUCUGGUUACUAUUUCAGCAAUAGAGUCUUGAUCUUCCAAUACAUCUUCACUUUAAUUCCACUUUUAACUCCAGCAGAGGAACCAAAUCUGACUGCCUACAAUGUGACAUUUAUUAUAAGUAGUCCAUCAUUCCAAGAUAUUGAAUUAAACUCUUCCAAUCAGACAAGCUUGAUUGAAAAUGAGCUCAAUGAUCUGUUCAAAAACAGCAGCAUAAAUGCUACGUUCUUCAGUUGCAGAUUUCAAUCGCUCAGCAUGGUCGAUGGUGACAGCAGCACAGUGACGGCAAUGUGUUCCUUCAAAAAUGACUCUACCAUUCAGGAAAUUGAUAGAGUGCUUGUGUAUCAUGUGUUUGAAAAUAAGUCGAAAGAUGCUUCGACAUUGGGGCCAUACACAUUGGACAAAGACAGCCUCCAUGUAAAUGAUUACCAUGAGGACCGUCUUAUAACCACUGCAAUUCCACUUGUUACUCCAACAGAGGAACCAAAACUUACUGACUACAAUGUGACAUUUACUAUAAGUAGUCCAUCAUUCCAAGACAUUGAAUCAAACUCUUCCAAUCAGACAAGAAUGAUUGUAAAUGAGCUUGAAGAACUAUUCAAAAACAGCAGCAUAAAUGCUACAUUCUCCAGUUGUAGAUUUCAUUCACUCAACAUGGUCGAUGGUGACAGAAGCACAGUGACGGCAAUGUGUUCCUUCAAAAACGAUUCGACCAUUCAGGACAUCGAUAGAGUGCUUGUGUAUCAUGUGUUUGAAAAUAAGACCAAAGACGUUUUGAAGUUGGGGCGAUACACAUUGGACAAAAACAGCCUCUAUGUAAAUGAUUACCAUGAGGUACAACUUCUGACCACUGCAAUUCCACUUGUUACUCCAACAGAGGAACCAAAACUUACCGACUACAAUUUGACAUUUAUUAUAAGUAGUCCAUCAUUCCAAGACAUUGAAUCAAACUCUUCCAAUUUGACAGGCAUGAUUGUAAAUGAGCUCAAUGAACUAUUCAAAAACAGCAGCAUAAAUGCCACAUUCUCCAGUUGCAGAUUUCAUUCACUCAACAUGGUCGAUGGUCACAGCAGCACAGUGACGGCAAUGUGUUCCUUCAAAAAUGAUUCUACCAUUCAGGACAUCGAUAGAGUGCUCGUUUAUCGUGUGUUUGAAAAUAAGACCAAUAAUGUUUCAAAGUUGGGGCCAUACACAUUGGACAAAGACAGCCUCCAUAUAAAUGAUUACCAUGAGGCACAACUUCUGACCACUUCAAUUCCACCUGUAACUCCAAGUGGAGAACCAAAACUGACUGACUACAAUGUGACAUUUGUUAUAAGUACUCCAUCAUUCCAAGACAUGGAAUCAAACUCUUCCAAUCAGACAAGCAUGAUUGCAAAUGAGCUCGAUGGAUUAUUCAAAAACAGCAGCAUAAAUGCGACGUUUUCCAGCUGCAGAUUUCAUUCAUUCAGCAUGGUUGAUGGUGACAGCAGCACAGUGACAGCAAUGUGUUCCUUCAAAAAUGAUUCUACCAUUCAGGACGUCGAUAGAGUGCUUGUGUAUCAUGUGUUUGAAAAUCAAACGAAAGAUAUUUCGAAGUUGGGGCCAUACACAUUGGACAAAGACAGCCUCUAUGUAAAUGCUGCAUUGCCACGUGUAACUCCUACGGCGGAACCAAGUCUUGUUGACUAUAAUGUAACAUGUAUUAUAAGUAGUCCAUCAUUCCAAGACAUUGAAUCAAACUCAUCCAGUCAUACAAGAAUGAUUGUAAAUGAGCUCGAUGACCUUUUCGAAAAUAGCAGCAUAAAUAUAACAUUCUCCAGGUGCAGGUUUCAUUCAUUUAGCAUGGUAAAUGGUGACAGCAGCGCAGUGACAGCAAUAUGUUCCUUCAGAAAUGAUUCUACCUUUCAGAACAUUGACAGAGUCCUUGUGUAUCAUGUGUUUGAAAACAAGACCAAAGAUGUUUCUAAGUUGGGCCCAUACACUUUGGACAAUGACAGCCUCUAUGUAAAUGCUGUGAUCCCUGUUUUAAGUGUGACAACGACUCCAGAAAAGAAACUGAGACCUAUUGACUAUAAUGUGACCUUCAUAAUAAAUAGACCAGGAUUCCAGCAAAUUCAGUCAAACUCCAUUUUAGAGACCGUGAAAAUUGGAAAAGUGCUAAAUGAACUAUUCAAAAACAGCAGCAUUAAAGCGACAUUCUCACGUUGUUCAGUACAUAUGCUCAGCAACUGUCAAAGUGGCUGUCUGAACAUUUACAUUGCAGAAAACAAUGAUGAAAUAUAG